CAAGAAGAGGGGGGUUAAGGGUUACACUUUGGUGUGUUUGGUGUCGGUUGGUGAUUUCGCUACUCCCGCCGAACUAGAAGACCACAAUUUGAAGAAAAUUGGGUGACCUAGAUUUCGUUUAGGUAAGAGUCGGUUGCCUCGACUCUUGUGAAACUAUUUCUUUAAACUGUGGGGAAAGUUCUCUACUAGGUACAAAUUAGCUAAAGUAGGUAAUUGUAACACACUGGUAGUGACUAUUGGAUACAAGCGAGUGUACUCAUCGUGGGGCAUUAAGUGCAAUACACUUAAAACCUGUUUACCAUUUCCAUUCGAUACAAGCUUUGAAACAGGCAAAUACUCUCUCUCUCUCUCUCUCUCUCUCUCCCUCUCUCUCUCUCAGCUAUGCAUUUUCAGGAGUGGUUACAAUCCCUUCGUACCAGUGGGGGGGUUUGAGGACCUGAAAACAAAGACUUCUGGAGCCUUGUCCCCUCUCUCCCUUUGUCGUCCUCUUUCUCCUUCUCCUCCCUCUCUCUAUCCCCAUCCUCUCUGCUGGGUAUAGGGGCUCUGGCCUCCUUCACUGCAUACUGGCUGGUGACUCGCCCUCGGCCCAUGCGCCCCCCUUGUGAUCUGAAUGCCCAGUCUAUCCCUGUACAGGGAGAGCCCAAUUGGAGGCGUUCAGCUUUGCUCAAGGAUGACGUUCUGUUGGAGUUCUACUAUGAUGACACCAGGACAGCCUAUGACAUGUUCCAGAGAGGACUGAGGGUGGCAGGGGAUGGCCCAUGCCUUGGCUUCAGGAAACCUGGGGAACCUUACCAGUGGAUAUCCUACACUGAGGUGGCUGAACAGGCACAGGUGCUGGGCUCUGGGCUUUUGGGCAAAGGCUGCCAACCAAACCCUGAGCAGUUAGUUGGAAUAUUUGCCCAGAACAGACCAGAGUGGAUCAUUUCAGAGCUGGCCUGCUACACCUUCUCAAUGGCUGUGGUGCCCCUGUAUGACACACUUGGAGAGGAGGCCAUGGUGCAUAUCCUCAACCUGGCUGAGAUCUCCCUGGUGAUCUGUGACAAGGAGGAGAAGGCAGAGUCCCUUCUGGGGAAUAAGGAGAAGGGUGUGACGCCUACUCUCUCCUGUCUGGUGCUCUUCAAUCCCUGCAGUGAUGCCAUAGUGGAGAGGGGGAAGAACUGUGGAGUGGAGAUUCUUCAACUCACACAGAUCAUGGAACUUGGACGACAGAACCUCAAAGAUCCUGCGCCACCCCAACCCCAGGACCUGGCAGUCGUGUGCUUCACCAGUGGAACCACAGGAAAGCCCAAGGGAGCCAUGAUCACCCACGGCAACAUCGCCUCCAAUUCCUCCUCUGUUAUUAAGAUCCUGGAGGGGUCAUUUGUAAUUCAGCAAGAGGACGUGUCAAUAUCUUACCUGCCUCUUGCCCACAUGUUUGAGAGGAUGAUUCAGGUGUCCAUGCUAUGUCAUGGGGCCAGGGUAGGAUUCUACCAGGGGGAUAUCUCCCUGCUCAUGGAUGAUAUUAAGACUCUGAAACCCACCUUCUUCCCAGUGGUGCCUCGCCUACUCAACCGCAUCUACGACAAGAUCUUAGGCUCCGUGACGUCCCCAUUGCGCCGGGCAGUGCUGCACUAUGCAGUGAGGAGGAAGCAGGCUGAGCUCAGCAGUGGGGUGGUACGUAACAACAGUCUGUGGGACAGGCUGGUGUUCAACAGGAUUCAGGCUAAUUUAGGAGGUAAUCUGAGGUUCAUCCUGACCGCCUCGGCCCCCAUCUCCCCCACCGUGCUUUCCUUCCUCAGGGCCACCCUCGGCUGUCUGAUCUUUGAGGGCUACGGUCAGACUGAAUGCACAGCAGGCUGCACCUUCUCCAUGCCAGGUGACUGGAGUGCAGGCCAUGUUGGUGCUCCAUUGCCCUGUGCCAUGGUGAAGUUGAUUGACAUUCCUGAUAUGAACUAUUAUGCCAAGAACGGAGAAGGAGAGAUCUGUAUCCGUGGCCACAGUGUGUUCCGGGGAUACCUGAAAGAUGAGGAGAAAACAACAGAGGCCCUGGACCGUGAUGGCUGGCUGCACAGUGGAGACGUGGGCCAGUGGCUACCGAAUGGGACACUUCGCAUCAUCGACAGGAAGAAGCACAUCUUCAAGCUGUCCCAGGGAGAGUACAUUGCCCCUGAGAAGAUUGAGAAUGUCUACAUGCGUUGUGUCCCUGUGCUACAGGUCUUUGUGCACGGAGACAGCCUACAGUCUCACCUGAUCGGUAUUGUUGUGCCAGACCCAGAAGUGUUCAUUGACUGGGUUAAGAAGAGGGGAAUCGUUGGAUCCUAUGAGGAACUCUGCCAGAAUCCAGAUGUGAAGAAAGAAGUGUUAGAAGACAUGACAGCCGUGGGGAAGGAAGCUGGGCUGAAGUCAUUUGAGCAGGUGAAGGACCUGCACCUGCAUCCAGAGAUGUUCAGUGUGAGCAACGGUCUCCUCACCCCCACUCUGAAGACCAGACGAGUGGACAUCCACAGGGUCUUCCAGGAACAGAUCACAGACAUGUAUAGCACAACAGCCAUCUAGAAGACCUCUAUCCACUGUCACAUGUUCACACACUCCAAUGACAUUUACAGUUGAAGUCAGGAAGUUUACAUACACUUAGGUUGGAGUCAUUAAAACUCGUUUUGCAACCACUCCACAAAUGUCUUGUUAACAAACUAUAGUUUUGGCAAGUCGGUUAGGGCAU